UGUCGGUGUUGCGGGCCGGUGUGUUCCGUUGUGCAACGGCCCGGUUUGACAGUCAGUCAGAGAGAUGCAAGACCGUCCGAUCUCCAUCUCGUCUCGUCGCGUCUCGGCACCUCGGCAAAACCGGUGCGAAACGGCAGCUGCACGUGACGAACACGAACUGAAGUGAUCAGAAGUGGAAUUGCGUGAAUCGAUCGUACCUGUGUGCCCUUCUUCUGUGGUGAGAUGCCCGUGCCCGUGUUCCUGUGACACUUUUUAAUCGCGUUUCGUACACUCUACCAUCGUCGUUCCCGGAGUGAGCGUGUUUUCGGGGCGGGCUGUCCCAUUUCGUGUGUGCGUGAUUUGUGUUGCGAAAGGAGGAAGGUGGCAAAAAUGGUUCGCCUAGUGGUUCUGCUGCUGUGCGUGUCGAUGGCGACGACGCAAAAGCCGAGCAAUUUCAACUUCAAAGAGAAAGGUUUCAAAAGCAGACCAAAUUACGACAUUGAUCCGCAGGUGUUGGAGAUACAGCGCCAGAACCUGAUCACGCAGAAGAUCCUGCAGCGCUACCUGGAGCGACGGUUGCACCCGAACCGCAAACCCCAGAUCCGGGUACCGUCGGUGGAGGAGAUCCUGCCGAAACCGUUCACCUCACUAGCGGCCGAACGGAACGUCCGGCAACAGAACCAAAGCAACAGUGAUGGCGCCAGUGGCAGCGGAAACAGUAACUCCACCGGUGCACGCUACGAUCUGUUCGACGGUCAGAACGGUCGCCAGUACGGAAAUGGUGAAAGCGAGGAUCAGUACGGUGACGAGGAUGGUGGAGACUACCAGGAUGAGUCAUCGCGCGAUCUGGACCAGUACGAUGAUCUAGGGGACGGCCUCAGUGACAACGAUCGCUACGACAUCGAGUCCCUGCAGUCGGGCGAAUCGGAGCACGUGGAUUCGUUCUACCGCGACAAGUACUACAGCAACCAGCGCCAGAGAGCAGCAUCUCAGCUCUCGGUGGACGAUUCGGGCGAAUUGCUCGAUAGCAAUGACCUAGACAUGGAUUUCGAAGAUGACCCGGAGCUGAGUGUACUGAGUGAGAUUACCAACGAGGUGCGGUUGCGUCAGGAAGCGGCAGCAAAAGAAGCACAGCCUACUAAAGACCACCGCGCGCGUGCAUCAUCAUCAUCUGGCGGACGCGUGAAACGUCAAGCGAUCAACAGCCGCACAUCACGCCGCGGUCGACCAACGGUACGCGAAACGGCAACCAUCACGAAUCGCGUUGACGCACGGUACUAUACCGCCGAAGACUACGUGGACUAUCAGACGACACAGCCACGACUGAACAAGAACCUGCGGGAUAACUAUUCCGAGUAUCGGUUGCUAUCCAAGAGCCGCAACGUGGCCAUUGAACCGAGCAAACCGGCACGCCCAAGGCCGACCACAGCGCAGACAACGCUCGCCCGGAAUGCUGCCCGAUCCCGCAAUCGUAAUACACUCAAAUCUUUGGCUUACAAACCGAACGUUUACAAUGCCAACAGUCGCCGGACGACGUUCACCCUGUCGGCGUACAAUAAGCCAACACCGCGUACGACUGCCAAUGGGCGGCGUGGCGGUGGCAGCAACUCCCGGGGCUCGUACAAGGACGAGGAACCGGCACGUAACUGGAACAGGUUUGGUCAGGCGGCCCCUACAACGCAGGACUGGCGUCGGAAGACACUGAGCUUGGGCAGUUCCAACAUUCAGCCCAGUACGGCUGCCCUGACCGUGACGUUCUUCCUGCCCACGGACACGACGGUCUCGGUGGUCGCCAACUCCAAGACCGAGAUCAGUCUGAUCAAAACAACGACUACCAGCAUCGAGGAGAUCUGUACCUCCUGCUUCUCGUUGACGCAAGGCCCGAACGGAUUGCCGGUGCACGUGCUUAACAAAGAGAUCACGUCGUUCAACAAUGACGGUCUGUUCGAGAUCACCAAGUUCAUCCUUAGCUCGACCCCUACGACGACUGUCUCCGUGUCGCAGAACACGUUCCGGGGACGCUCGACUGCGUACACGGCCACAAUCUCUACCACGAUCUACGAAGCGACUCCCUUCGUGCAGACCAAGGGCAAGACAGCGGAUCCGAAUUCCGUUCUGUCGAAUGCACCGCUGGCAAACAUUCUGUUGUCCCAGCUGCUGCUCGGUAAUCUCGGUGGCGUCCCGGAACCCAACUUUAUCCCACGACCGACCGAGUUCCUGCCGGAUCCGAACCGCUACCAGCUGAUAGUGACGACGGCCACGGAUUACAAGACGCACGUGAAGGAAGUCGUCCAAACGGUGACGCAAACGAAAUCCAUCGUCCUGCCAGUGACGUUCCAGGGUCGUGAGAUCCUGACGACCGUGUACGAGAGCGACGUGACCAGUACGGUUAUUACGUCUUUCAUCACGGAAACGCUCACUGUCCCGACGACGUCCACGGUGCGCAUUCAACCGACGGCCAAUCCGGCCGAUGAUCUCUCCAACAAGCUAAGUCUGCUGUUGCCUCUGCUCGAGGAGCGUGAACGUCAGAAUCGGCUGCUGUCGGCGAUCGAGCCAUCGGUGCCGGUAGUAGCGACGGCACCACCGACGCUCAGUCCUUCACCAUCGGCUACCAGUGCCGUCUCGAAGGUGUACGUGUCCGGGCAGCAUCCGGGCGAGUUUAGCGUAUCCUUCACCACCAUUUUCAGCACGUAGGAUCGCCCUCUCUUCCAGUCUCCCUCUCUCUCUCUCACUCUCCAAACCUCAAUACUCAACACCUUUCUCUAGGAUUAAUCUAGACUCUAGACGUUGAGCCACGACUCGCGGCCAUCCAAUCGGAACCAAUCACUCCAGCGAUUACUACCACAUGCCAAGUUCACUGCCAGUGAGCCGAUCCAGCGUGUCCAGGACAUGACGUGCCCGUGUUACCGCUAGCCGAUUGUGUUUUAUUGUUACAACGACAAGUGAACCCACAUUUUGGGGCUCCAUAACUCCAAAGCAGCUCUUGGAACGGUGGAUGCUGUCAUCCUUGAAUAAAUUGCACUCAAGCUGUGUGUGAAGAUA